AUGCCGCCUACCGAGCAGCUGUCAGAGUACGAGCAGCAGCGUUUGGAGAACAUCAGGCGCAACCGCGAGAUCCUCCAGUCGCUCAACAUUGGCGAUGGGCCUUUGCUCGGGGCGGCGCCGGCAAGGAUACGUGGUGAAAGCGCAGACGAGGUGACCAAGGCUGAAGAGCAGGUUAUCGAGAGCAACGACGCGACCGAGUUCUACCACCUGCCGACAGAGCACUUCUCGACAGAUGUCGUGAAGAAGGCGGUGCACGUAGACGGGCACUACACGGGGUGGGUGGAGCCUGGGGUAAUGCAGCGGCUUGGGAUCAAGGGCAGCGCGACGGAGGCAUGGGAAAGCGAGGGCGGCGGAAAGUUUUCGUUCAAGGACCCAUUGGGAACCGGCAAGAAGAUCAGCAAGAGGGCGCUACCUGCGGGCCAAUCCGCAGCCAAAUACGUAUCGUCGCAGAUGCUGAGGAAGAAUCCGAAUGCGUAUUUCUAUAGGAACACCGAGCCGGGGGUUGAUCAGUGGACAGGUGACUGGACCGAUGAGGAGAGGGACUUGUUUAUAGAGACGGCGACGGAGUUUGGGUGCGGCGACAAGUGGGGGUUGUUCUCGACGUAUAUCCCGCACCGUGUCGGGUACCAGUGCAGCAACUUUUAUAGGCAGUGCAUUAUCCCAGAGGGCUGGGUCAUCGACGACAACUACCGCCUGGACAGUGGGGGCAAGGCCGUGUAUGUCGGAAACCACAAGCGGAGGGGUGCAAAGUAA